AUGCACGCUGCUCUCACUACUCUCCUUUCGCUUGGGCUGGCCACCGCCGCCCUUCCCGCUCCGGAGCCAGCAUGGGCGAGACCACAGGCAUACUCUCAUGGAUUUGGAGGCUUGGGCAAGAAGCGUCAGGAUUCGCCGCCAUGCAACGACACAGCACCCGCUCCUACGGCAACCGCCUCAACAGCACCUGCUCCAGGCACAACCGGGUCGCCAACUCCAGGCAAUGGCACCGAAUGUCCUGCGCUGGAGCCCUCCACAUGCCUCACUGAAGCGCAAGCCAACGACGCCGCAGAGAUCUUCCAGUCCCUCAUCAGAGCCUACACCGACGAACUUGCUCUCGAAGCUCUGACUGAAGACUUUAUUGACUACUCAUCGGCCGUCAACAUUAUCCGCAACAGAGGCAACGACGCUCCAUUCGUGGUCAAUGAGGCUUCAUUUGUCGGUCGGGCUGCGUUCAUGGCCGCCCAGGGUGCUCAACCUCUGAUUCCAUUCGACCUUUUGGGCAUCCGCUACGGCUGCGACUUUGUCACAGUCCGAUGGCAGACUCUUCGAUCCGCACAAGGUCAAGCCACCGAGAGCAAUGACAUUCCCGUCGUUGGGCUUGGCGUGCUCAACACCGUUCCAGACAGCGACAACAUCUACGGCUUCCGUGUGCAAGAGCUCUGGUCUGAGUUCAACUCUGCAGCUUGGCUUGUCAAUAACGGUGUCUUUACACCUUCUGCAGUCACCACAACUCCGUUCCCAGAAGAGACUGCUGCUCCGGAGAAGCGCGCCCCGGCACCAUGGGAGUGGGCUGGCAUCUAA